CUUCAAUGAAUCAUGUAUCGCCCUUUGCGUGUGGACACUGCUCCUUUUUAUUGCUGUGACUUGGCCACCUGCUUUCCCCUUUCCGCGCAUCUUUCAACACUUUCCCGAUGUGUGGAAGUUGCACCCCGCCCCGACCUUGUUAUUGUUAUGUAUUGCAUUUGUGCAGUGUGCAAUUGUGCAUUCCUGUCUUGCAUUUUUCGGUGCUUCCUUAUGAAUGGGCACCUGAGGACCAUUCAUAAAUGAAAUGCAGUUCCCCUUGUGUCUGAUCAAAGUUUAUAAGCACUAUUCGUAGACUCUUUCAUCCUUUAUGUACUUAGUCUUCUUGACAAGCAUUGCUGUGCCCGCUGAAGUUUUAUAAUUUAUGAGCUGAAUUCUAUCGAUACUUUUUUGAAAUGUAUUAUGAAGCUAUGAAAUUCCUCUCCCAGCUUGCCACUCCCAGCCACUAGUUUUGAGGUGGUAGGGAUAUGAAUGAGGCAAAGUCCAGCCACCUUUUGUGGAGGGGGAUGUUUAUUCUGGUAGUUGUUUUUGACCAUCAAGCUUUGCUCUCAUUUCAACUUGAUAGUCCUCUGCUUGAUGCCUCAUAUUCAGUAGGUCUGUCAUUCUGAAGUGGUCUGACUCCUCAGCUAGUUCUGUCAUUAUGAUCGACUUUCUAAGCCUUCUCUGUGAUCUGCGAAGUCAUGUCAAUAAAGAAUCAGAAUUUUCUUAUUCAUGGAUUCAACCACAUGCUGGGUUUGGUACCAAGUCUAGUCUUGGAAUUAUGCUAGCUGCCAAUAUGCCUGAGUGUACUCCAUCUACAACGGCAUCAGUUGAAGACUCUGAAAUCAGAGAAAAGGAAAAGAAAUUCACGGUUUAUAAAGUGGCCAUUAGCUCUGAUAAUGAUUCAUGGUUUGUGUUUCGGCGAUACAAUGAGUUUUACAAACUUUUUGAUAUUCUUCGGAAACAGGUUCCUGGUAUUCAAUUAAAACUUCCUGGCAAAAAGCUGUUUGGGAACAAUUUAGACCCUCAGUUUAUUGCAUCAAGACAAGAAGGACUUGACAUGUUUUUACAACAGCUAAUGCAAGAUAAGAAACUUCUUGAAAUACCAGAAGUUCGAGCCUUCCUUCAACUUGAUCGCCCUAAGUUGAGUUCUGAAGGUGACGGAGAACUGGAAGAUACUACAGAAGGGGUUGAUGUCUGUGAAAAAUUGAACCAACUUAACUUGGGACCCUCUGAACGAUUAUAUGCUAAACCUCGAGAUUUUGAGUUCCUACGUGUUAUUGGGAAAGGAAGCUAUGGUAAAGUCCUCCUAGCUCGUCAUUGUUCUGAAGGACAGUAUUAUGCAAUCAAAAUUCUCAGUAAAAGAGUGAUCUUGCGGAAAAAUGAAGUUCGUCAUGUAAUGGCAGAGCGAGAUAUCUUACUGAAAAAUGUUCAUCAUCCAUUUCUUGUUGGUCUUCAUUAUUCCUUCCAGACUACUGAUAAACUAUACUUUGUCCUUGAUUAUGUUAAUGGUGGUGAGCUCUUCUUUCAUCUGCAGCGAGAGCGCACAUUCCCUGAAAGUAGAGCUCGGUUUUACGCCGGGGAAAUUUCUCUUGCCCUAGGAUAUCUUCAUUCUUUGAACAUUGUGUAUAGGGAUCUGAAGCCUGAGAACAUACUCCUUGAUGCCCAAGGUCAUAUUGUGUUGACUGACUUUGGCCUCUCCAAAGAAGUAGGGGACCUAAUGGGGGUCGAGACAACUCACACUUUCUGUGGAACGCCUGAGUAUUUAGCACCAGAAAUAAUCAGGAAAGAGCCUUAUGGAAGAGCUGUGGAUUGGUGGUGCUUAGGGGCUGUCCUUUACGAAAUGUUAUAUGGGCUUCCCCCCUUCUACAGCCGUAAUACUUCUGAAAUGUAUGAGCGUAUUCUGAAUAAGCCGCUAACACUUCGUUCAGGAACAUCUGAAAGUGCAAGGGAUCUUCUUAGUCAACUGCUUGAGAAGGAUCCCAGGAUGCGACUUGGAUAUGCAGAAGGAGACCUGGAGAAUCUGAAAAUGCACUCAUUUUUCUCUCAAAUCAAUUGGGAUGAUUUAUUUGCCAAAAAAGUCAGACCGCCUUUCAAUCCAAAUGUGCAUGAAGUUUUUGAUUUACGCCACAUUGAUCCUGAGUUCACCAGAGAAGCUGUCUCAAGCUCUGUCGCCCGAUCACAUUCUACAACAAGUAUUCUGACGGCCAGUGUACGAGAAGCUGAUGAUAUAUUUGCAGGAUUUUCUUAUGCUGCACCAAUGGAUUUGUGAAAAGUUGUUUAGUUGUAGUUCACGUAAAGUAUUACUUCUACCCACUGUUUAAGAUACUUUUAUACAGCUUUAUACUGAAAGACCCUACUUAAAAGUUUUCCUAAAUUCAGCUCAUUGUUAAGUUAAGUUGUUUGUAUUAUGGUUGCCAUCAUAUCUUCAGCAGAAUUUACUGCUGUGUACUUUAUAGUUAUCAAUUUUGCUAAAUCAAAGUUUAAUUCGUAUCCAUUGCAAGACUUGGUCCAAUGGCAUGUGCAGUUAUUAUAUAUUAUAUUCUAUAUAAAUGUUAUCUUUUAUUCCUGGCUGCUUUCUGCCCUGCCAUUCAGUAUUGUGCUGCAAUUUACUAGUGUAAGUUCUAGUCGUAGUAUGAUUUCAGAUUUUUAAAAGAGCUAUUAUGUGUUACUCAUUACCUAGAAUAAUUUAAAAAAUCUUUAUUUUUUGAUAUAUUUUGAAUUGAGUUUUGUGCACCUGUGUUUUCUCUUAAUGGUAGAGCAUUUGAGCCGACUGAAUUUGAGUGCUUUUGGUAUUCUGUAAGACCAUAGUCUACAGACUUUAUGAAAUUGUUGUAAUCAUGUCUGCUUAAUUAAUGGUGUCGCAUUCUGGUGAAUAUAAUCUAUUUUUGUCAUUAAUGACAUCUACCUGUGAUAUUGUGUGAAUGUGAGGAGGACAUAUUCUGCCCUGAAGCACAAAGAAAUUUGGCUUUCCCUCAAAAUGGACUGUAAUUUCUUUCAAUAUUCGAAGACUAUUGCAAGACAAUACUUAGAUCAUCAGGUCCCAAGGUAAAGAAAAGUCAUUUCUCAUGGCAUCUGCAUGAUAUAUAUGAUACAGAGAUCAUAAUAGACCAUAAAUUGCUUAUUAUAGAACUUUUAUUAGACUUGCAUUGUAACAGAAUGGAAAUUCAUAGUUGUACGUACGUAGGUCUGUAAUGAUGUUUUCAAUGAAAAAAACAUUUCUAUCGCAUCAAGUAAGAUGUUCUUCCAUACUGAAGAGCUGGAUAUUUACCAUGACACAUUACAUAAGUAGCAAUUAUCUUUAUUUCUGCUGUGUUAGUGUUCUAACAGUUACUCAUGAAAGCGCAUUGUGCCUUGAUCUCUUAUGUACUCUUAUUUUGUGCCAAAAAUAAUGUAUCGCUGUGAUGUUUGAUUGCAAAAGAUUUUGUAUUGUAUUGGUUUUAAUAAAGUGUACAUGAACGGA